AAGCUUGGAGUUAGUUAUAGCUCCACCAUAAUUAUAUUAUUCUCAUCUCCAUCUUCGGUUCUUUCACUCCAAUGGCAUCAGCAACUUCAAUCUCAUACACACUCAUCCCUUUCCACAAAACUCACAAAGAAUCUAACCCUAAAUCAACAAUAACCCAAUCCACAAAAACAAAACCCAUCACUCUAUGCAUGACUUUCCAAGAAGCCAACAAAACCGCUAUGUCACCAACAGCCACAACCACAACCACAAGGCAACAAACUUUGGAACAAGAACAAGAAGCAAUGCAACAUAUAUUUAGAAAAAAGCCCAAACACCCAAAUGAACACCACAACAAGCGGAGACUCCGCCACGUGUGGCGUGAGAUCCAAGGCGAGAACGAUUGGGCCGGGCUUUUGGAUCCAAUUGACCCAAUUCUCCGCUUGGAACUCAUACGCUACGGCGAGAUGGCCCAGGCCUGCUACGACGCCUUUGACUUUGACCCGUUUUCCAAGUACUGCGGGAGUUGUAGGUUCACGCGCCGUAAUUUCUUUUCAUCCCUUGGGAUGCCUCACACGCGCCAUGGUUACAGUGUGACGCGGUAUCUUUAUGCCACCGCGAACAUAAACCUGCCGAAUUUCUUCCGGCAAUCGCGGUGGCCAAAGAUGUGGAGCAAGAAUGCGAAUUGGGCGGGGUACGUGGCGGUUUCAGACGACGAAAUGAGUAAGAGGAUAGGGCGGAGGGACGUGGCAGUAGCGUGGCGGGGGACGGUGACGCACUUGGAGUGGGUGGCGGAUCUCAUGGAUUUUCUUAAGCCUCUCUCUGCUAAUAGCAUACCUUGCCCUGAUCCAUCUGUUAAGGUUGAAUCAGGGUUUUUAGACCUUUACACUGAAAAAGAUGAAAGUUGUGGUUACUGUAAAUACUCAGCGAGAGAACAAAUUCUUACGGAGAUAAAGAGACUCUUAGAAAUGUACCCUAAUGAAGAACUCAGCAUCACCAUAACUGGUCACAGUUUGGGUGCUGCCUUGGCCAUUCUGAGUGCUUAUGACAUUGUCGAAACCGGCUUGAAUGUCGUGGCCGACAGCCGUGCUGUGCCGGUCUCGGUGUUCUCGUUCUCUGGUCCCAGAGUCGGGAAUGUGAGGUUCAAGGAGAGGCUAGAAACCUUAGGACUGAAGGUAUUGAGAGUGCUGAACGUUCAUGAUAUGGUGCCGAAGUCGCCGGGAUUGGUGUUCAACGAGCAUCUGCCGGCGGCGGUGAUGAAGUUGGCGGAGGGGUUGCCAUGGAGUUACUCACAUGUUGGGGUAGAGCUGGCUUUGGAUCAUAAGAACUCGCCAUUCUUGAACCCAAAUGGUGAUGCUAUUUGUGCACAUAACUUGGAGGCUCUCUUGCAUUUGAUUGAUGGGUACCAUGGAAAGGGUGAAAGAUUUGUGCUAGCAACUGGUAGGGACCCUGCUUUGGUGAACAAGGCAUGUGAUUUCUUAAAAGACCAUUACUUGGUUCCACCAAAUUGGAGGCAAAAUGAGAAUAAAGGCAUGGUCUUGAGCCAUGAUGGUAGAUGGGUUCAGCCUGAAAGACCCAAACUUGAUGAUCACCCUGAAGAUAUGCAUCACCACCUCAAGCAAUUAGGUCUAGCUACUUCAUAUGAUAUUUGAAUUAAACUAAAUUAAAUUAAGUUAAAUAUAUGUACAUGUCACGUGUUAUGUAUGUAUGUACCGUAAAUAAUGUGCAUAUAUAAAAUUUGAGAUGUGAUGAAAUUCAACGACACAUGUGAUUGAUUAAUUUU